UUUUGACGAAUCAAACAGGGACCAAUAUGUUGAAGUAGUUCGGAGUCUCACUUCACUUCGGUGUGCUUCUCUGUUCUCAACUGCUGCCGUCAGCAUACUGCCCACCGUCAAUCGGAAACCCCGGAGACGCUAUCCCUUAACCACAUCUCGUAUCACUUAAAAUUUUAUUCGACUUGUUUGUAUGAUGGCACCAUUUUUGAGAUCAGCAAGGAAGAAAAAAAGGGAAAGCACAAUGGGGCCAAAUUGGCUUGAACUUCCUAAAGACAUUACAGAAAACAUUCUUCAAAGGCUUAGUACCAUUGAAAUUGUGACAAGUGCAUGUCAAGUGUGUCCUCUAUGGUGGAACAUUUGCAAGGAUCCUCUCAUGUGGCACACCAUUCAUAUGAUAGACAAUGACAGUUACCCCUACAAUAAUAUAGAUCUGGUAAAGAUUUGUCGUUAUGCUGUUGAUCGAAGUUGUGGUCACUUGCGAGACAUUGAGAUCGCGUCUUUUUGCACCGACGAUCUCCUUCAAUACAUAGCUAGUUGUGGAAGUCAACUACGUCGCAUACAGCUUACGAAAUGCCGAAAUAUUUCGCACAGACAAUUUAGUAAGGUUGCAAACAAAUUUCCUCUGCUAGAGGAGCUUGACAUUUCAUUUAGCAACCUAUGUAAGGAUUCUCUUGAAGUCAUUGGUCGGAGUUGUCCACUUUUGAUAUCACUAAAAUUUAGCAGGAUGUUCUGCAAAGACAUUGAGUUGAAUGAUGACGCAAUUGCUAUUGCAAAAACCAUGCCUAAGUUACGCCAUCUUUCGAUGUUUGGAAACUUACUCACUAAUGUCGGAUUGCAUGCCAUUCUUGAUGGAUGUCCCCUUCUUGAAUCUGUUGUCCUGCGAAAUUGUUUCCAUCUUGAUUUGAGUGGAAGCUUGGGGAAAAGGUGUCGUGAUCAAAUCAAAGACUUGGUACUUCCAACUGAUGUAGAUGAAAAUUGUGAUGAUGAAGAUUAUUUUUAUUUGAGCAGUCUAAUGGAAGAUGAAAUGGAUUUGGAUUAUCUAUUCUUUUUAAAUAUGUAUGACUUUUUUUUAGAUUUACAUGAAAAUGAUAACUAGAUGGUGACAAAUGUUAUUGAUAAUGUUAUUCCUUUGGUUCAUGAUGAUGGUAGCAGUUUGCUACAUUUAUUUUCUAA